GUUCCCUUCUCUUCCUCCCACUUCCUCCGUGAGCCAGCUCCCAAGAUGCGGACCGACACGGCGCUGCACACAUUCGCUGCCCGCACCCUCAACAUCACCUUUGACGACGGGGGAGACAUCAACUGGGUCGAUGCAGACGGGAAACUCUGGGUCUACAACAACGGCGACAUUGCCUGGACACUGGCCUCCAUGGCCCUCGUCUGGAUCAUGAUUCCCGGCGUAGGGUUCUUCUACUCUGGCCUCCUCCGCCGCAAAAACGCGUUGAGCAUGAUCUGGUUGAGCAUGAUGACCGUAGCGGUUGUCUCAUUCCAGUGGUUCUUCUGGGGCUUCUCUCUCGCUUUCUCCGAAACUGGCUCGAAAUUCAUCGGCGACCUUAAGUACUUUGCCCUCCGUGGAGUUUUAGAGACACCGUCAAUUGGCAGCACUCGUAUCCCGAGUAUUGUGUUCUGCAUCUACCAACUCAUGUUCGCGGCGAUCACACCGAUCCUCGCUAUUGGUGCCGUCGCUGAAAGGACGCGUUUAUGGCCGACUAUCUUUUUCGUCUUUGCCUGGUCGACAUUAGUUUACGAUCCCAUUGCUUGCUGGACGUGGAACUCGAACGGGUGGUCGUUCGUUAUGGGUGGACUUGACUUUGCUGGAGGCUCGCCCGUCCACAUCUCCUCUGGUUCGGCUGCUCUCGCCAUCAGCAUCUAUCUUGGCAAACGGACAGGAUGGGGUACUGCUCGUCUUGCCUACAAGCCCCACAACACUUCCUACGUUGUUCUUGGCACUGUUUUCCUGUGGUUCGGAUGGUUCGGUUUCAAUGGCGGAAGUGCCCUUUCUGCUAACAUGCGUGCGGCCAACGCCUGCAUCAUCACCAACCUUUGCGCCAGUGUCAGUGGCCUCGUCUGGAUGUUCUGGGACUGGCGUCUUGAACGCAAGUGGUCUGCAGUCGGCUUUUGUUCGGGCGCCAUUGCUGGCCUGGUAGCGAUUACUCCCGCUUCCGGCUACGUGGGUGCUCCUGCCUCGGUCCUGUUUGGCUUCAUGGCCGGCACCUGCUGCAAUUUUGCGACCCAGCUCAAGUUUAUCUUCGGCUACGACGAUACCCUUGAUAUCUUCGCCUCCCACGCCAUUGGCGGUAUCGUCGGUAACCUCCUCACCGGUCUUUUCGCCCAGUCUCGCGUUGCUUUCUAUGAUGGCGCUACUGUUAUUCCCGGUGGCUGGCUCGACCACCACUACAUCCAGCUUGCCUACCAGCUCGCGGACUCUGCGGCCAGUCUUUCGUACAGCUUCGUCAUGACUACGAUCAUCCUGUGGAUCAUGCACUUCAUUCCUACGCUGCGGCUGCGGACGAGCGAGGAGGGCGAGCUGCUCGGGAUUGACGACACGGAGAUGGGCGAGUACGCGUACGACUACGUCGGGCUCGAGCAGGAGAUCGGGCACACGCUCGAGAUCAACGGCGGCGAGGAGGCGCAGACGGGCGGCCGCGAGGGCCACCACCACUUGCACCACCACAACGAGAAGACGGUGGACACAGAGAGCGCGUGA